AUGCCUAUCUCACGCUCUUUAACCGUCGUCGGAUGCCAUGCCGAAGGCGAAGUGGGCGACGUGAUCACCGGCGGAGUCCUAGACGUCCCCGGUAAGACUAUGUUCGACAAACUCGUUCAUUUUGAAACGAAGAAAGACAGCUUGCGACAACUCCUUCUCAACGAGCCUCGAGGGAGAGCAGCAGUCAACACCAACUUGGUCCUCCCGCCCUGCGAUCCACGCGCAGACGCCGGCUUCCUGAUUAUGGAAAGCGAGGAGUACGCCCCCAUGUCUGGGUCCAACACGAUCUGCACAACGACAGUACUCCUCGAGACUGGGAUGAUUCCCAUGAAAGAACCGAUCACCGAAGUAACCUUGGAUACCGCUGCCGGGCUGGUAAAAGUGAUAGCGGAAUGCGAAGCCGGGAAAUGUAAGAGCGUGGAGUUCGACAACGUGCCCUCGUUUGUCUUGGAACUAGAUUUCAAAGUAGUGGUUCCUGGAAUCGGAGAGGUGGUUGUGGAUAUUGCCUACGGAGGCAUGAUGUAUGUGCUGGUCGAUGCUGCGUCGUUGGGUCUGGCAGUCGAUAAUCAGCAGUCUCGUCAGCUGGUCGAGGUUGGGGAACGUAUCAAACGGGCAACCGAGGCAGCCUAUGUCCCUAUCCACCCUGAGAACCCAGGUAUCACAGGCUUCAGCGUGAUAGCUUUCACUGAACCUUUGAAGAAGGAAGAUGGAUGCCAGGUGGCUGCGAAUGCCGUUGUGGUCUCGCCGGGACGGUUCGAUCGCAGUCCGUGUGGCACUGGGACAUCUGCGCGUCUUGCAGUGCUACAUGCCCGCGGUGAAAUCAAAGAAGGGGAAAUCUUCAAGCAUCGGAGUAUUAUUGGCACGGAGUUUGUUAGUCGCAUUCGUGGUCUGACGACCGUUGGGAAAUAUCCGGCCGUUUUGCCGACUGUCAAAGGGCGUGCGUGGAUUACCAGCUACAAACAGGUUGUUCUCGACUCGACAGAUCCUUUCCCUGAAGGGUUUCGUGUGGGCGAUCAGUGGCAUAUCGCCCCGAACUAG